AUGCAGUCCCGCAAGAUAAUAUGCGAGAAACUCUCGACUGACUUCCGUAAAUGCACGGCCAUCAUCUCGUUCCAAGUACCGAAACUAAAACAGGAUGACGUGUUGAUACAGACCAGAUACUGUGGUAUCAAUGCAUCCGAUAUUAAUUAUACAAACGGCGCCUACUUACCAGGCGUUCAACCACCUUUUGACUGUGGUUUUGAGGCCUUAGGAAUUGUCCUGGAUAUUGGACCAGGUGUGACCAAGUUUAAAAAGGGUGACGCUGUGGCUUCCACCUCAUACGGUGCAUUUGCCGAGCAUCUGGUAGCCAAGGAACGUUUUCUGGUCAAGAUUCCUGCUGCAGUUCCAGAGGUGUUGCCAAUUAUCGUAUGCGGUCUCACAGCGUCAAUGGCACUCGAGUACGUGGGUCAAAUGACUCAUGGUGAAACUGUCCUGAUCACGGCAGCAGCUGGUGCCACGGGUCAAUUUGCUGUGCAGCUGGCCAAACUCGCAGGUAAUCACGUGAUUGGCACGUGCAGCUCAUCCGAUAAGGUCGAGUACCUUCGCUCUAUCGGGUGCGACCGUCCCAUUAAUUACCGUGAAGAGAAGGUGGAUAAUGUACUCAAGAAAGAGUAUCCAAGCGGCAUCAAUCUCGUCUUUGAGAGUGUUGGUGGAGAAAUGUUUGAGACGUGUGUCAACAACAUCGCACGCAAAGGCCGCAUUAUCGUCAUUGGAGCCAUUGCUGGUUACCAGGACUCGAGCACGUGGAAGCACAAGGCCAACAAGGCCACGACGCCGCUGCCGUCCAAGUUACUGGCCAAGUCCGCUUCUGUCCGUGGUUUUUUCUUCAAUGAUUACUUUCGCGAGACGCAGGCCCAUACGAAGAAACUCACGACGCUCGUGCAGCGUGGCGUACUGAACGCUGGCGUGGAUCCGACGAAAUUUUACGGACUGGAGGAUAUUCCCAACGCCAUCGACUACAUGUACGAGCGUAAGAACAUUGGCAAGAUCGUCGUGAAUUUGAACAAGGGCUCGUCCAAGCUCUAA